GGAGGAGCCGCCUUCCCUUCUGCCUCCGGCUGCCAGGGGAGCGCGCUGGGGGGAACCGAGAGCAGAGCAGAGCGUGGCGGCGGCGGCGGCGGCAACCCAGGCAGGCAUCGGCGCCGUCGGACAAGCGCCAAGCCGAGGGAGACGCGCGAAUCGGCUCCGGGGCUGUCGCAGGUGGUGCUGUGGGUCCGGCUGGGGCGGGAUCCGGCUCUUCUCUGCCCCCAAAGCCACAGCAGGUCCGCCUGGAUGAGCUCGGCUUCAGCCCCCGACGGACGCUGCCCUUUGGAUCCGCUCUCGGGAGAGGCGCUCGUUCCAAGGGACGGGGCGGCUGGACGGGUCCUGCACUGAACGGCACAGCCCGACAGGCGCCCAGACAGAUCCCCGGGGCGAGGGAAGGAACCCACCUGGUCGGGACACCUGGCGGGGACCAGAACUGAUCUCUACCAGACCCCUCCCCCCACCGCCACACGCCCCUCCUCCGGGAGGGGGGACUCAGAAACGACUCCGGAUUCACGCCAGGAGGGACAGGGGGGCGAGAAGGGAUUGGUUGGGGAAGCCAAGAGAGGCGGAGAGGGGAGGAGAAAGAGAGAGAGAGAGAGAUCCUCUAGCAUCGCACUUCUGGCAAGAGAUCUACCAGAUUCGAGAUCUGUUGGGCGGCGCAGCUGCGGACGGAGUCCAGAAGGGGGAGGCGAGAUCCCGUCGCGAGCCGUGUUCGGGCACCCCCACCCCACCCCCAGAUCCUCGGGAUCGUGGCCGGGGAGAUGAUCGACUGGAUCAGAGAUCCUUCGGGGGCUGCAGGCUCGGAACGUAGCAGGGCCGGGAGGGGACCCAUCCGGAUCGCCCCGGGCGUCUGACGGCAGGAGACGCUUGGCUUGAGCUCCAGAUGAGUGUGUCCUGCGGGGAGCGCAGGCCAGCAGAGGACAGCCCCGGCGCCCCGCGGGGACCCCCGCGAGAGCGGAGCAGCGACACGUGCGCCUAGAUCCCACGGCCAGAUCCACGACCCACUCACCGAUGACAGCAACUUUCCUGGAGCGGGAAGAGGAACCGGGGGGUUCCGAGCCCCUCAAACACAAUGGCUAGGGGCUCUACCCACUGAGCCACCCUCAGCAGAGAUCCCUUGGAUCCUCAGAGAGAGCUACUGGAUCGCCCGGCUCUUUUCAGCACCAUCCCCGCCGAUGUAGACUCCUGGGUCGGGGAUUGGCUGGCGCUGUGACAGCCCAGAGACACCCCUCCACCCCACCCCGUCCUUCCUCUAACCCGCCGCCGGGGCUCUCGCUCGGGGCCCUGGCUGUUGUGGCCCCCUCGGGCUGUGGGGCAGCCUCGGUGCCCAGGGCAGGGGGGUGACUCCGUCCAGAGAUGCCCUGGGUGGUUCUCGGCCUCUUGGUGCUGCUCCUUCGAGGGUCGCUGGCUCUGCAGAGGGCAGAGUUGUCCGAAUGUUUUAUGGUGAAUGGAGCCGAUUACCGGGGCUCACAGAACAGGACUUCGCCGGGGAGCACAGGGCGGCCUUGCCUCUACUGGAACCAGACGCGGGAGCAUGCCUACAACACGGCCAAGUAUCCCCACGGGGAGUGGGGGCUGGGCAGUCACAACUAUUGCCGGAACCCGGACGGCGACGUUCAGCCCUGGUGUUACAUCUCGGAGAACGAGGAAGGGAUCUACUGGAAGUACUGCGACAUCCCCACCUGCCACAUGCCCGGUUAUGUCGGCUGCUUCCUAGACUCCGGGACUCCCCCAGCGCUGAGUGGCAGCAGUGGGACCUCCACCAAGCUCACGGUGCAAGUUUGCCUCAGCUUCUGCCGCAAGCGAGGAUAUAAGUUUGCUGGGGUAGAAGCCGGUUACGCAUGUUUCUGUGGCCAUGAAGGGGAUGUCCGGCGUAGCCAGCCAGUGAGUGCUGUGGAAUGUGACCAAGUGUGCUUUGGGAAGUCCAGCGAGCUGUGCGGAGGGGAUGGGAGAAUCGGUAUAUACAAUGUAUCCAUGGGGGCCUGUCAGGGAAACUUCAGUGAAUCCUCUGGAGUGAUCUACUCUCCGCAGUUCCCAGACGACUAUGAGGCUGACAGCAACUGCAGCUGGGCCCUGCGCCCGCCGGGCUGCGACUCCGUGGAGCUCACCUUCCGGCUCUUUGACGUCCACGACCCCAAUGACCGCCUGGAACUACGGGACGGGCACAGCAACCUGGUGCUGGCCCAGUUUGAUGGGCGCCGGAGGCCGGGGGCUCCCCUGCUCUUCCCCACCGAUUACCUGCUCCUCUCCUUCCAGUCGGACCAGCUCCUUCAAGGCCAGGGCUUUGCCAUCUUGUACAGAGGAAUGAAGGGUCCUUCGGUCAACAUACGGACCCUGCCAGGCGAUGGAUCCCAUCUUGUCCCGACCUCCUCUGAUUGGCUGAACUCCACCUGGACCUACAGUGCCAGUGACUCCACCAUUGGGGUAGGAGCUUGGGUGAUGUAUACAGCCACAGGGACCUUCAUCUUAGCCAUCAUCAUCAUCUCGUACCAUCUGCGCAAGAGGACCUGCCUUUUUGUGCAAAAGAAAGCCGGUGGUUCCCUGGUCCCUUUCUCCUCCAAAGGCCCGCGAAGCCGCUGCCAGUGCCUCGGGGGUGAGGCGUGGGCCGUAGCCUACCGACAUACCCGUGUGGUGAUCUGCACUACACGCGGCGCUCCGCACCAUCGCCCCCUGCACAAUGGCGGGGUUGCCGGGGACGACGAGGCCUCCUCGGACUGCUCGUGCCUGUGCCACAGUUAUGAGAACCUUUCUUCCACCAACCAGUCCUCGCUCAAAUCUCUCAUCUCCACCAUCUGAGGCGAGGCAAAUCCUGUAAUUCUCAACUCCCACAGUCACCUUCAUGAAUGUCAGCCUUCUUUCUAUUGCCAGAUCCCUGAGGUGGAACGUACUCAGUUCACUAGGGACCAAGAGACCUGGAUCUUACAACUGUAUAUCCACUCAAGGUGUGAGGCAGGGCAGCUGGAACAUAAUGGAAGCAAAUGCCCAGCGUGGCCCUGAUAACCACAUUCCAGAGAAAUGGAAAGCCGUUUGAUAGCAGCCAUGCAUAGCAAUGUUCCCCUAUAGUCGAGAUGUUCUAAUCUGCUGCCACAGUAGCUUUCUAUGAGGCAGGAGAGUGCUGACGUGGUGGGACCCUCUCGCCACAUCCCUUUCGGGAGAGACUUCUGGGCAUACUUUGGAGCAAAGAGGCUCAUUAUGGUGCUGGAAUUUUGAAAACAUUUCUUCUGGGUCAAAGACAUCCCCAUCAGGACAGGAUUCGUACCGCAUAGCAUUAUGGGGAAAUUUAGGACAGUGUGACAAACCCAUGGAGUUGGGUUUCUUCAGAAAAUUGCAUUAUGUGAGACACAAAGGCCUGGAAAGGGGUGGGGGGAGGUUAUGUGACCACAACCUUGGAGGGUUAAGAGGAAGGAGAAAGGGAUUGGUUCCACAGGGAGGGUAGCUAGAUUUUGGAUCCUAAAAAAAUGGGACUUGAGUGAUGAACCCCCAAUGUCACCUGGAGGACACUUCGGUGCAAGCAGAGCCCAGUGAUCAUGGACUUGGAAAGGUAACUCACUUGGCUCCAGGGGGCUCUAUGGACACACCAAAAAAAGAGAGGAGACAGAAACCCGCCCCUUUGUCCGCUGCGCCCCACAGGCACAAUAUGGAUUUUGGAACGUUAAAGUGUCAUUAAAUUAUUUUCAU